AUGAGAACACCUCAUGCAGCGUUCCUCUUCCUCUUCGUCCUGGCUUGCCUCCGCGGUGCCUACUCCGGUGGCGGCCGAAGCCGCUUCACCUCCAUAAUCAGCUUCGGCGACUCCUACGCCGACACGGGUAACUUGGUCAUGUGGCCUGAGCCCUUCUUUCCCGGUCCUCUACCAUUCGAGAACCUCCCCUACGGCCAGACCUUCUUCGGCUACCCCACCGGACGUGCCACCGACGGCCGCCUUGUGCUGGACUUCAUCGCCGAGGCUUUGGGCCUGCCUUUUGUGCCGCCGUACCUCGCCAAGGGGAGCAACUUCUCCGCCGGAGUCAACUUCGCUGUGGCAGGAGCGCCGGCUCUGAACCUGACAUACCUGCAGGGGCAAAAUAUGACCGUGAACCCACCGAUCAACAGCUCCCUCCACGAUCAGCUCGAGUGGUUCCAGAAACUCAAGCCUUCGCUCUGCAAGGUAGGACAAAAUACGGAUUGCUUCGCGAGAUCCCUAUUUGUCAUGGGAGAGUUUGGAUCAAAUGACUACAGGAAUAUCCUUAUGUCGAACAGGACUGUUGAACAAACCUUAGUUUAUGUUCCUCAAAUUGUUGACGGCAUCUCCAGAGGCGUAGAGAGACUGAUCCAACAAGGUGCCAAAUACAUCGUUGUGGCAGACGUCUUCCCGACUGGCUGCAUACCGCCAAUUCUCACAAUGCUCGCUAGCCCAAACAAGGUGGAGUACGAUCGGCAUGGAUGCCUGAAGAGUGGGAACAGGCUGGGGCGCUACCAGAACUCUCUCCUCCGCCAACGGAUCAAGUUGCUCCGGCACAAGUACCCACAUACGAAGAUCAUCGCCGCUGAGUACUACCGACCUGUCCUAGCUUUUCUAGAUAUGCCGGCGCAUUUUGGACUGAACAGCAGCACAACCCUCCUCACCUGUUGUGGUGCAGGAGGCCCUCCUUAUAACUACGACUUCAACGCAGGGUGUGGCCUGCCGAGAGUGAAGGCGUGCAUAGAUCCAUCUCAGGCGCUUCAGUGGGAUGGCUUCCACCUGACGGAGUCCGCCUACAGGGCCAUUGCUGAUGGGUGGCUCCAUGGCCCCUACGCGGAUCCACCGAUAGUGCACGUUGCACGUCCAUAA